AUGGAUAGUGCGCACAAUGUGGAGGUGGCGGGUUUGAAACCGCAACACCUCGUCCAGAUAUCUGCCCUGGUGCAGACACUGGACUACAAUCCCACAACUGAUCCUGGCACCUCCAGGACACGUCAGAUGUCUCAGGGCGGUCGUGGCUGGACCACACAGGUCAGCCCCUCCGAGCUGCAGGACGUGUUCCAGGAAACCUCCUCCAACAUCUUCCAGAUCAAAGCCAACGUUGUCACCCUGGAGAAAAGCCUUCAGUCUUUGGGCACGUCCAGAGAUACAGCAGAGCUGCGGCAGAGUCUACACUCCACUCAGCAGCAAACCAACAAAGUCAUCACUAGCACGAGCCAGCUCAUCAAACAGCUCUCUGAUAUAAUCAGCGGCUCUUCACGGCAAGACCGUCUGCGCCUGACCAGACUAAAGACUGAGCUCUCUGAGUCGGUGCAGCGAUAUGGAGACCUGCAGAAGAAAAUUGCAGAGCGCUCAAAGGCCUUGCUUCCUCCAGCGCAGAAGGACAAGAAGAGUCCUCAAAUUCCAGGCAACGAGUUGAGAGAGGAGGGUUCUCUGUUUGGAGAGGCAGACGGCUCAGGAGAAGGAGCUCAGGUCUUCCUGUCUGAGAUCAGUGAGGAAGAUGUGGAGGUGCUUCGUCAGAGAGAGGAGGCCCUGCUUCAGAUCGAGCGAGACAUGCUGGAUGUCAAUCAAAUCAUGAGGGAUCUGGCCAGCAUGGUCCAUGAACAAGGAGGCACCAUAGAUAGUAUUGAAGAUUACAUUCAGACGGCGUCAUCCAACGUGGAGUCAGCCAACCAGGAGCUUGCCAAGGCCAACCAGUAUCAGAGGCAGAUAAGGAAGAGGAAGUGUUACCUCCUGGUGGCUGCAGCUAUCGUCCUCACCAUCAUCAUCAUCAUCAUUGCUGCUUCAGCAAGAAAAUGAGAAGGCCACUGCGGCAGCUGCUGUCAUGGCGGCGUAACGGCUCCUGCCCAGUCUGGUUCCUGAUAGAGCAACUGGUUUCCAGUGGGAGGGAACUCCACUCCAUCCUCUCUGGCUCUGCUGACAUGCAUGUAUGUUGGAGAUGGAGGCAUUUCACAUUAUCCCCCACAGUCUCUCGUAAUCAUUCGAGUGGUUUAAUUUUUUCAUGCUGUGGGGGUUUGGUGUGACGAAAAUGUUUCAGUCUGAUCACUAUUAUGGAUUUAUUGGUUUUAUCAGAAGUAUUUCAACGGAAAACCAGACAAGGAUGGACCAGAGUUUUACUGUAUUUGAUGCUAUUUACUGUAUGCUGGAUUUAUUUAAGGGAUUUUUACUGAAAUAAAAGUAACUUUUGUCAGAUUUCAGUGUAAUUUAAUCAUUAUUAUAUUGCAUUUGGUGAUGGUAGAUUUUCUUUGACUAAAUAUGUAUUCCAAAAUAAAAGUCAACAGGAAGCAGAA